AGUAAGAGGGACCAUCUACUCAUGAACGUGAAAUGGUACUAUCGUCAAUCUGAAGUUCCAGAUUCUGUGUAUCAGCAUUUGGUUCAGGAUCGACAUAAUGAAAAUGAUUCUGGAAGAGAACUUGUCAUUACAGACCCAGUUAUCAAGAACCGAGAGCUCUUCAUUUCUGACUACGUAGAUACUUACCAUGCUGCUGCUCUUAGAGGGAAGUGUAACAUCUCCCAUUUUUCUGACAUAUUUGCUGCUAGAGAAUUUAAAGCCCGAGUGGAUUCGUUUUUCUACAUAUUAGGCUACAACCCUGAGACAAGGAGGCUGAACAGUACCCAGGGCGAAAUUCGUGUUGGUCCUAGCCAUCAGGCCAAACUUCCAGAUUUGCAACCAUUUCCUUCUCCAGAUGGUGAUACUGUGACCCAACAUGAGGAGCUGGUCUGGAUGCCUGGAGUUAAUGACUGUGACCUCCUUAUGUAUUUGAGGGCAGCAAGGAGCAUGGCGGCAUUUGCAGGGAUGUGUGAUGGAGGCUCCACAGAAGAUGGCUGUGUUGCAGCAUCUCGGGACGACACCACCCUCAAUGCGCUGAACACGCUACAUGAAAGUGCUUAUGAUGCUGGCAAAGCCCUGCAGCGCCUGGUAAAGAAGCCUGUGCCUAAGCUGAUCGAGAAGUGUUGGACCGAGGAUGAAGUGAAACGCUUCGUUAAGGGACUCAGGCAGUACGGCAAGAACUUCUUCAGAAUCAGAAAGGAGCUGCUUCCCAAUAAGGAAACAGGGGAGCUGAUCACCUUCUAUUACUACUGGAAGAAAACCCCUGAAGCAGCCAGCUCCCGGGCCCAUCGCAGGCACCGCCGGCAGGCCGUGUUCAGGAGGAUUAAGACUCGCACUGCGUCCACCCCCGUCAGCACACCCUCCAGGCCCCCCUCCAGUGAAUUCUUGGACCUGAGUUCAGCCAGCGAGGAUGACUUCGACAGUGAGGACAGUGAGCAGGAGCUGAAGGGGUACGCCUGCCGCCACUGCUUCACCACCACCUCCAAAGACUGGCACCACGGGGGCCGUGAGAACAUCCUGCUCUGCACCGACUGCCGCAUCCACUUCAAGAAAUACGGCGAGCUCCCGCCCAUUGAGAAGCCUGUGGACCCCCCACCAUUUAUGUUCAAACCCGUCAAGGAGGAGGAUGAUGGGCUCAGUGGGAAACAUAGCAUGAGGACGAGGCGGAGUCGGGGCUCGAUGUCUACACUACGCAGUGGUCGGAAGAAGCAGCCAGCCAGCCCUGAUGGUCGCACCUCACCCAUCAAUGAAGAUAUCCGUUCUAGCGGCCGGAACUCCCCCAGCGCUGCCAGCACCUCCAGCAAUGACAGUAAAGCAGAGACAGUGAAGAAGUCAGCCAAGAAGGUGAAGGAGGGAGCUUCGUCCCCUCUUAAGAGCACCAAGCGCCAGCGCGAGAAGGUGGCCUCUGACACGGACGAGGCUGACAGGACCAGCUCCAAGAAGACAAAAACCCAGGAGAUCAGCCGGCCCAACUCACCAUCUGAAGGCGAGGGAGAAAGUUCGGACAGUCGUAGCAUCAACGAUGAGGGCAGUAGUGACCCCAAAGACAUCGACCAGGACAAUCGCAGCACGUCCCCCAGCAUCCCCAGCCCCCAGGACAAUGAGAGUGACUCAGACUCAUCAGCCCAGCAGCAGAUGCUGCAGGCCCAGCCCCCAGCCUUGCAGGCUCCCAGUGGGGCCACCCCAGGUCCCUCCACAGCCCCUCCAGGAACACCCCAGCUGCCCACGCCAGGGCCCACGCCUGCUGCCACUACACUCCCUCCACAGGGCUCCCCCGCAGCCUCCCAGCCCCCUAAUCAGCCACAGGCUCCAGUGGUGCCUGCUCCCCACACCCAUAUCCAGCAAGCGCCUGCCCUGCAUCCGCAGCGGCUGCCCUCCCCACAUCCCCCUCUGCAGCCUCUGACCGGGCCGGCUGGCCAGACCUCUGCCCCGCCUCAUACCCAGCCCACCCUGCACAGUCAGGGCCCGCCCGGACCUCAUAGCCUGCAGGCCGGGCCCCUGUUGCAGCACGCAGGGCCCCCUCAGCCCUUUGGCCCCCCUCCCCAGCCAUCCCAAGGCCAGCCCCCUCUGGGGGCCGCCCCAGCGGCAGCUCACCCCCAUGCCGCCCUGCAGCUCCCAGCCACUCAGUCAGCACUGCAGCCCCAGCCACCCCCACGGGAGCAGCCCCUGCCGCCCGCACCCUUGUCCAUGCCUCACAUCAAGCCCCCCCCCACCACACCCAUCCCCCAGCUGCCAACACCACAGGCCCACAAGCACCCGCCUCACCUCUCGGGGCCCUCACCCUUCUCCAUGAAUGCCAACCUGCCACCCCCUCCAGCCCUGAAGCCUCUGAGCUCCCUGUCCACACACCACCCCCCUUCAGCCCACCCCCCGCCCCUGCAGCUCAUGCCUCAGAGCCAGCCAUUGCCUUCCUCCCCCGCCCAGCCCCCCGGGCUGACCCAGAGCCUGCCCCCUCCUGCUGCCUCCCACCCCACUGCAGGCCUCCACCAGGUGCCCCCCCAGCCCCCGUUUGCUCAGCACCCCUUUGUCCCUGGGGGCCCUCCUCCCAUCACUCCUCCGACCUGUCCCUCGACCUCCACCCCACCUGCGGGACCCAGCACCUCAGCCCAGCCACCCUGCUCUACUGCGGUUUCCUCGGGAGGCAGCAUGCCAGGGGGGCCAUCCUGCCCACUCCCCACCGUCCAGAUCAAGGAGGAGGCUCUGGACGAUGCUGAGGAGCCUGAGAGUCCCCCACCACCACCAAGGAGCCCGUCCCCUGAACCCACUGUGGUGGACACUCCCAGCCAUGCCAGCCAGUCAGCCAGGUUCUACAAACACCUGGACCGGGGUUACAACUCAUGUGCGCGGGCAGACCUGUACUUCAUGCCUCUGGCCGGGUCCAAACUGGCCAAGAAGAGAGAGGAGGCCAUUGAGAAGGCCAAGCGAGAGGCCGAGCAGAAAGCCCGGGAGGAGCGUGAGCGCGAGAAGGAAAAGGAGAAGGAGCGUGAGCGCGAGCGCGAGCGGGAGGCCGAGCGGGCAGCUAAAGCAUCCAGCUCGGCACAUGAAGGCCGCCUCAGUGACCCCCAGCUCGGCGGUCCCGGCCACAUGCGGCCAUCCUUCGAGCCUCCGCCAACUACCAUCGCUGCAGUGCCCCCCUACAUCGGGCCCGACACGCCUGCCCUUCGGACUCUGAGCGAGUACGCUCGGCCCCACGUCAUGUCACCCACCAAUCGCAAUCAUCCCUUCUAUAUGCCCCUCAAUCCUGCCGACCCCCUACUGGCCUACCACAUGCCUGGCCUCUACAAUGUGGACCCCACCAUCCGCGAGCGGGAGCUCCGCGAGCGGGAGAUCCGGGAGCGGGAGAUCCGGGAGCGCGAGCUGCGGGAGAGGAUGAAGCCGGGCUUCGAGGUGAAGCCCCCAGAGCUGGACCCCCUGCACCCAGCCACCAACCCUAUGGAGCACUUCGCCCGGCACAGUGCCCUUACCAUACCUCCCACUGCCGGCCCCCACCCUUUCGCUUCCUUCCACCCGGGCUUGAACCCCUUGGAGAGGGAGAGACUGGCCCUGGCGGGCCCCCAGCUGCGGCCCGAGAUGAGCUACCCUGACAGAUUGGCGGCAGAGCGCAUCCAUGCGGAGCGCAUGGCAUCACUGACCAGCGACCCCCUGGCCCGGCUGCAGAUGUUCAACGUGACCCCACACCACCACCAGCACUCCCACAUCCACUCCCACCUCCACCUGCACCAGCAGGACCCCCUCCACCAAGGUUCAGCAGGCCCCGUCCACCCGCUGGUUGACCCCCUGACCGCUGGCCCUCACCUGGCUCGCUUCCCCUACCCGCCUGGCACCCUCCCCAAUCCUCUACUUGGACAGCCCCCCCAUGAGCAUGAGAUGCUUCGUCAUCCAGUUUUUGGCACCCCCUACCCCCGAGACCUGCCUGGGGCCAUCCCACCCCCCAUGUCAGCAGCCCAUCAGCUGCAGGCCAUGCAUGCCCAGUCGGCUGAGCUGCAGAGACUGGCCAUGGAGCAGCAGUGGCUGCACGGACACCCCCACAUGCAUGGUGGCCACCUACCAAGUCAGGAAGAUUAUUACAGUCGACUGAAGAAAGAAGGUGACAAGCAGUUAUAAGUUAUUUAUUUGUUAACGCUGGCUGUGGAAACCCCAAUUCUUGGGGAGAGAAACAGGACUUUUUACAUACAAUAGGAGCUGCAAAAGCAAAAAGAUUAUCUUCUAAAGAUUUCUUUAUAUAUUUAAAAACCCCAGAACUAAAAAUGUAUCUGCAUAAAUAGUGUUCGUUUGUCAAGAGGAUUACCUGAGACUGGUUUGGGUCUCCCUGCAUGACAGUCCCCCAGAAACUUAGUGAGUCCUGGAUUGGGCUGAACAUUUGGAAAACUCCCCUGCAGUCUUGGGGUUGGCUUUAGUUCUCUUCUCCUUGAUUUCUCAGUAGGUGCUAGGAUCCAGUUCGUACCCUUCACUGUGCGUGCAGACACACUCAGUUAUGUGUGUUCCAAAACCCACAAGGUUUGCAGAUAGGUGGCAUAUGAUAUGAGUUUGGAAUCCAAGAGCUAUAAUUUUUAAAAAAUCUUUUAUUUUAAUACAUUGUAGGAAAUCUUCAUAAUUUGAGAAAGUUCUGCAGCAUGGCUUUUUACGUCUGUAAAUAAAUUUUAGAACAGCCUUUUUUUCCUUCCACAAACUAUUAUUCUGAUCUAUUUUUUCCAGCCAUGUCACUAAUUGUGAAUUCCUACCAGCUAUUGACAGAAUACAGAGUUGAUUUUUUAAUAAAAAGUUAUAUAUAAUUAUCCCUUUAAUUAAAGGGAGCAGAUGGGCGUGACUAAUUGCAAACAGGCAAAAGCUUGGGACUAGGUUUGGUCACGGUAGUGAGCAUCCAGGGGUUUGUAGGGACAAUGUUACAAACUGUUUUGCUGCUUUGAUUUUCACUUUUGUCUGCUCCUCGCAUGCAUCUGGCCAGCGGUGCAGACGUCUGUUAGAUUGAACUUCUUUCAUUUCCCACAAAGAGUGCAGGAGUUAAAUGUUCACUUUCUGUUCCCCGAUGUCCCCAUCGUUCUGUCUCUGAGGUAUAGAAAGCACAUGUUUAUGUGUGUCUGAUUGUAGAUUUCCUUGUAGGUUUCUGUGCACACAUAUUUGAUUGUUUUGGAUGAAUUGCCUUUUUCAGUAUCCUAAAAAUUUCAUAAAUGUUUUAGAAAAUUCAAGAAAGUGAUUCCAUACAAGUAACUCAGCACAUGAAAGACCCAGGACAUAUGCUUGCCAAAGGAAUCUUUUAGAAAUCUGCCUUUUCAUGGGCAUCAUCAUUUGGAUCUUCGUGGUGAGGACCAAGCCACAUCGUCCUUGUCGCAGACUGAGGCUGCCUUUGAGUGAGGGAGACCCUGGAGUUAACACUGCUGUGGGUGGCACCCUGCUUUUCACCUCAGAGCAGGUCUGUGCAUGGCGACCCGCACCAGACUGGGAAAGCGUUUGAGUCCCACUCUUCAUCCUGGCAGUAGGAAGGUGAAGUCGGAAAGCAGGCUUCCACCUGGGAGGUGCCACUUUUUAGGUCAGGCCUUCAGAGCCGAGCUGUGCUAGAGAGAGCCUGCCAUUACUUUCUAGGUUGCUGAUGUAAUGUACUUUCUCUGAAGCAGAGGGAGGGGAAAUUCUGGGGAUGUCUGCAUCUAAUCGAGGAGGCCUCUGCCAAGACAUGACCUCUUUCAAUCCUCUUCUCUCAGGCUCUCAAGGGCUGUUUCUGCCAUUGUAUGUCACAUCCAAGAAUUGUCGGACGAGAGACCACACUGUGGGUCAAGAGACACAAAGUACAUCCAGGACCCAGGCUGCACAGGGGUGGGAAGAGAGGCUAAUAGUUUCACCCAGAAACCAGCAGGUAUCAAAUGCUGGUUCCAGAUUCAAACCUGCAUUGGGGCAUUUCCAGUUUCUAUUAAAACCAAGUUUCAUGUCAGUUGGGACAGAUAGGAUUGUUUGGUCUGUUGAAAAUGUUUGUAGUUUUUUUAUUUCAUUUUUUCUCAUUCCAUUUCUGCCUUAACUUUAGUUCCCCAGAGGUGGCAAGCUCAAAGUAGCCCUUUGUCAUCAAACUUCUGGCUGUGUUGGCAUGGAGGCAUUAGUUUCCUUCUGUGGGUGGUGAUGUGCCAUCUAGGCUGGUCUGUUCUGCGAGGUUCCCUUCUCUGUGGCUCUGAGGCCUCUUCUUGCUGGGCUCUGGAUGAGCAGACUCCUGCACCCAUGCCACCACCCUGUUUUUGUUUUUGUUUUUUUCCUUCUUUUUGGUAGAACGCAAUAUCUACCAUUCAGUUAAACUUUAUCUCCUCUAUCAUCCAUUUUUCCAAAGAAGAGAAAGUGAAGUACUUUGAAGUCUGUACUUGAAAACUGUCUUGAAGGUGUUUUCUUGUUAUGUUUUGGGUUUCUCCCCAUAUCCCGAGGUAAAGCACUGAGAUUCUUUUGUUAAAAAAACCCACAACCUGAAACCUGUACCUGAUCAACUACAGUUUGUUUAGGAGGCUCCAGACCUUUGUGGUGUCUCUGAAGCCCAACCACUUGGUUUCCUUUGGGAUUUUCCUUCCUUUUGUUUGAAGUUUGGUUUUGCUUUUCUGUGUCUUGUAUGUAUCUUGUUCAGUGUCGUCAGGGUUGAGCUUCACGUGUCACUGCAGCAGAAGCAGAGCAGGUGCACAUUCUGAUUUGCUAUGUUUAUAUAUAUCUUGAAGCUAAAUGUAUAUAUGAGUAGUUUGCCAUGAGAUGACACAGUGUAAACAGAGUAGACACCCAAAAUCGUGACUUCUGUGUUCUCUCCAUUUGAGUAUUUUGUAAUUUUUUUGAAAUAUUUGUGGACAUAAAUAAAACCAAGCUACACUACACCUGGA